AUGCCGACUCCCAAAGCUCAAGCCGAAAGCCACCAAUCCACCGGCCGUGCAGCCUACUCCUCGGGCAAUUACGAAGCAGCCCUAAGACACUUUACCACAGCGCUUGCACAACCAAACCUGCCUGCGACCCUGCGCGCGAGCAUACUGGACAACCUCUCAGCCACGAAAGAAAAACUCGGCGGUGAAGCAAACCUAACGGAUGCACUGAGCAAUGCCCGCGCGAUGAUGCGAUUACAACCGGCAGGUGUGGAGGGGUACUUACGCGGCGGGAAGGUAUUGCAGUUGCUAGGAAGGGACGGUGACGCAAUUAGGUUAUACGAAUACGGGAUUAACAAGCUCCCCAGCGGCGGCGGGGUCGGGCGGGAGCGGUUAGAAGCGCAAGUUAGAAGGGUGCGCUCGAGGAUUACUCGGCGGGAGGCGAUGACUAGCGAGCGUAAGCACCGUGAUCCGUUCACUGCGUUACCCUCUGAGGUGGCGCAAAUAGUGCUUUUGCAUCUCCCUUUCCACACUCUAAUGCUUGCGCGCGGGGUCUCGCGCGGCUGGAGGGUCUUCAUUGAAUCUGUGCCGGCUACUUUCGCUACGAUGGACUUGCGCGAGGCGCGGAGGUCUGUUGGCAGUGGUACGUUCAAAGCGCUUGUUCGUGCCUCGCGGGGUGGUGUGCGUGUGGCGAGGCUGGCGCGGCUGGGGUCGAAGUGUGGGGAGUUGUUGGGGUAUUUGGUUGCCCGGUGUCCUGGGUUGAGCGUGCUCGAGGUUUGCCGGAGUGAGGCGUCUGGGGAUAACGCAAUUGUAGGUGCUGUCAGGGAUGGGGCGAUUAGGGGGUUGCGAUCCCUGGUUUUGGAUCUUGUGCUAGAUGUUAAGGUGGUGUUUAUGAUACUGCGCUGUUGUGCGGCGGGGGGGCUUCAGGAGGCGAUCUUUGAGAGUGCGCAUGCCACGGGGAUGGUGAGGGGUUCUGACUUGCUUUUUGAGGAUGCCCCUCUGCGAAGUUUGGGGAAACUUAGGAUUGAUGUUAUAGAGUCGGAGUUUCACCUGACUGUUACUCUCGUAAAUCGCCUCCCUGCAUCAUGAAGUAUCAUUCGUUCACUAACAAUUUCAUGCACAAAGUCCACCUUACUGAAAACCUUCCCAAACCUCCACACCCUCGAACUCCCGGGUGCCUCCAUCUUCUCAGAAGACGAACACUUGAACUUUACCCCGCUCCCACACCUCACAACCCUCCACUACUCCCAACCCUCGCGCCCCCGCUACCCCUUAUUCCCCACAUCAUUAACCUCCCUAACCAUAACUGAAACCUUCGCAACAUACACAACACCCGACCUCCUCUUAUCCCCUUUACCCUCCAUAUGCUCCCUAUCCUUCGACAUAAGUCCCAGCCUCACCGUGGAAACCUUGACAAUAAUCCUUUCCCCCCCUACGCCCGUCAAAUGUCUGACGACGCUCAGACUAGAGAUGUGCCCGAGGCUAGAUUUUACUGCCACGUUCGCGUUCUUGCGCGAGAGUGGCCUGGUAGAGUGUUUGCAGACAUUGUCGGUGAAGGGGAAUGCCGCAUUCCAGGAUGAGCUGAGCGUGGAGUUUUCGGCGUUUGUGGGGUUGCGGAGUGUGGAUGUGGGGUUUACUGGGCUCAGCGGGGUGGGGGUUUUGAAUAUUGCUGUUAGAGCGGGAAAAGGGCGUGUGGGGAGUGGUGGGGAUGGGGGAGUUGAGUGGAUUGGAAUUGAGGGGUGCGAGUGUGUGGGUGUGGAUGCUGUGGAGAGGGUAAGGGGUUUAGGGGUUAGGGUUUUUCAGGGCAGGGUGAGAAGUGGGAGGAAGGAGAAUGGAAGGAGGAUUAGGUUUGAAUAGCAGUUGGGUUAGCUGGUAUAAUACUUUGAUCGUUAUUCGUGUGAGGGAUGGGCGUGGGGGAGAUUUGUUGGCUAACUGAUUGUAUGACCAUCCCAAACCAACAAACAAAUACAAUCCGUAAAA